UUAGUGGGCACUGGUGUGGGAAAUUAAUUUGCAUUUCCAUUUGAGUGGUGUCACAGAAGGUCAGUUAAAAUGUGGUCAUGGUAAGGAUAUAAUAACAUUUACCAUUAAAGUCUGCAUGUAACGGAAGUUGCGACCGACUUCAGUAUCAUGGCGUAUUUCAGAGUGAAACGGAAUAUUGAAUGAGAAAAAAGAGGGCAGGGCUUGAUUUUAUCCACUGGGAAUUGAUUGGCGUUCUAUACAGAAAUGGAGGCAGAUCUGAACGCAAGUUUACAAUCAGUUGUAGAGGAAUACUCGCCACCUGACACACCACCAGCAAUAGCUUUCGAUGGGGAAGAAGUUUGUUUACAGCAGGCGGAGGUGGACGAGGAGCAUCAGAUGAUCAUUUUAUCAUGGGAAUCAGGCCUUAUAUGUUUGAGCCAUUACCUUCUGAGAGUACUAACGGUAACCUGGACGUGGAGGCUCAAGAGCAAAUUCACCCUCGAGAGCAUCUCGAUGUCUCCCAAUGAGCACCCAUCUGAUGAGUCUUGAAACUUCAUCAGGGACCCGGCCCACUACUCGGGCACUACACAUGGACUCGAAAGGAGCCAAAGUGGCACUUGGUUUUCAGAGGAGUUCUACCUCUGAUGAUGACUCUGGAUGCGCUCUGGAGGAGUACACCUGGGUUCCCCCUGGAUUGCGACCCGAGCAGGUCCAGAUCUACUUUUCCUGCCUGCCAGAGGAGAAGGUGCCAUAUGUCAACAGCCCUGGAGAGAAACACAGGAUCAGACAACUCCUCUAUCAGCUGCCUCCACAUGACAAUGAGAUCCGGUACUGCCAGACCCUUAGUGAGGAGGAGAGGCGAGAACUCCACAUGUUCAGCAUUCAGAGGAAGGAGGCGGCACUCGGCAGGGGAACCCCAAAACUGCUUCCAAGAGCCCUGCAGCACAUUUGCGAACAUUGUAAAGAGAACAUCAAGGGUGGAGAGAUGGCUGUGUUCGCUUCAAGAGCGGGCCCUGGGCCGUGCUGGCAUGCAGCGUGCUUUACUUGCUCUACCUGUCAAGAGCUUCUGGUAGACCUAAUCUAUUUCUACCACAGUGGCAAAAUCUACUGCGGUAGACACCAUGCAGAGCUUCUGAAGCCACGGUGUUCAGCAUGCGAUGAGAUAAUCUUUGCUGACGAAUGUACCGAAGCAGAGGGUCGUCACUGGCACAUGAAGCAUUUCUCUUGCUUUGAAUGCGAGACAAUUUUAGGUGGACAGAGGUACAUCAUGAAGGAUGGACGACCCUUCUGCUGUGGAUGCUUUGAGUCAUUAUAUGCAGAGUAUUGUGAGGCCUGCGGGGAAAAUAUCGGAGUGGACCAUGCUCAGAUGACGUAUGAGGGUGUACACUGGCAUGCCACUGACAAAUGUUUCUGUUGUGCCCAAUGCAAAACCUCUCUUCUGGGCUGCCCCUUUCUUCCAAAAGAGGGUCGGAUCUACUGCUCUAAAGCCUGUAGCCUAGGUGAGGAUGUCCAUGCCUCUGACUCUUCGGACUCAGCCUUUCAGUCCGCCAGAUCACGGGAAUCUCGGCAUAGCAUACGAAUGGGCAAGAGUAGUCACCCUACAGAGCAGUGUAAGCAGACACAACUCUAUUUAGCAACAGACUACAGGACCUCCAGUCUCUGCGGUGACAACACGGAGACCAUGUGCCAUCAGUUGGAGAGACAAAACUUUGCAGAGGAAAACUACUGGAGAGACAGGGAUGAGCAGGAAGCCCCCGAGGACUGUGUAGAAGAUUGGGCUGAACAUGAGGACUACAUGACCCAGCUGCUCAUGAAAUUUGGAGACCAUGGAGUCAUCCCGACAGAGGACACCAGACAGGCUGAGCCAUGGAUUAUAAAAGACUCUGAGUACAAUAGGUCCAAACCAGAGAUGAAGAUGAGUAGCCACAAUUUGGGUAGUAAAAAACACCACACCGAUAUGUAUUGGGCCCAAUCUCAGGAUGGACUCGGAGACUCUGCUUAUGGAAGCCACCCUGGCCCAGCUAGUGCUAGAAAGAUUCAAGAGCUGGAAAUGGAUCAGGGAGCAGGGCCUGGGUUCUGGUCUGAGCCUAGACAAUGGUAUGAAGACUCUUUGGAGUGCAUUGCAAGUGAACUCCGAAAGGCUGAGCACAACAUUGGAGACUCUAUGGACUCUCUAGCUCUCUCAAACAUUACAGGAGCUUCAGUUGAUGGAGAUGGCAAAAACAGACAGACCAUCUACUCAUUCCAAAACAUGAAAGAGCAGGAAAGAGAGGUGGAAGACUGUGACAACAUAAGUAACAUGGGCACACUAAACUCCUCAAUGCUCCACAGGAGUGCUAAUUCCCUGAAGAGUCUAAACUCAGAGCUGGACCAUGAAGGGGCACUGGAGGUGGAGGAGGGAGAAGAUGAGGAGGAGGACAGAAUUCCAAUUUAUUUUGGAGAGGAACUACCCUCUCUGCUCCAUCUUCCUCUGCUGAGAAGGACCAAGUCUCAAUCUCAGCCCCAAUCUAGACCUCAACAAGUGAAGUUCUCUGAUGAUGUUGUGGAUAAGGGAUAUUAUGGUGAAAUGGGCUUGAGGCAACCACCAAUGAGUGAGAGGACUCGCAGACGGACCCAUUACAGGGAGGAGCCACCGAGAUGUCCUACCACCAGACAUCAUCACAAAGGCAGACAAUGUCGGAAAACACGUUCAGAAAAUGCAUUGCAUCUUCCUUCUAAGGAGAGAGCAAAGUUGCAUGUUGUGCCAAAAGAAACUGGCUUGAGCAUACCUGAACACAGGAACGGUAUUCUUUUGAAUCCUUCUGCUCACAGCUAUCAUCAAACCUAUUCAGACUAUGCUCAGCAGGAUAUGGUCCGAGUGGACCACGUCCAAGACUUUUGUGGCGAUGAAGAAGAUGACUGGUGUUCAACAUGCUCCUCUUCAUCUUCAGAGUCUGAGGAAGAGGGGUUCUUCCUUGGCCAGCCAAUCCCCAAGCCCCGAUCCCAAAGCUUACAUUAUUGCACAGAGGAUUAUCCGACCCGGGUCACAGCUUUAACGCCCCCUUAUGGCUCACGGACCAAACCGAAAAGGAAAGGCCACAAGGGCAAGAACUGCAUAAUUUCUUAAAUGUUAGACUAAAGAUAUCCAGCCUGCCUCUGUUGCAGUUGGAACACACAUAUGCCCGACUGUAAAGAAGCUGGAAAACAAAACGUUUUUUAUUGAGAUUUAAUUUUGUGUCUUUACAAGUAUGAUGUGCCAGUUGUGUUGGUGUUGAACAAAUGAAAGUAACUUGCAAUAUUUUCUUGAACAUUGUAUAGCAAAAGCAUUAUUCUCAAAAGCAAAAUUACUGAGUAGCAUGUGGACUAACUAAAUAAUUAUUUAAUAGUGCAAACAUUGUAUAUUUGUUAAAUUAAGAUUGGAAUACUGAUAUGUUUUAUAUUCAAAUGUGUUAAAUGAUUAAUUACCACAAUUUCUGGCCUCAAAUAGAAUUAUGAUUAUUAAUGAUCAAAAUUGACCAGGGUUUUGCAAAUGCAAUGUAUAUAUGCACUAUCCAUAUGUUCAAUGGCCUUGCUGUAUAAACAUUUGUGUCCAUGAUAUGCUUAUGCGCUUAAACAGUGUUGGGGAAGAUCUACCCUCUAUCAUGUACAUUUCCUACAGGUAAACAUACUAUCCCUUUUUAACUUUAAGAUGUCAAUAAAACAAUUUAAGAGAUUUAAUACAUUUUCUUGCAACUUGAUUUUUCUUGUUUGUUCAUUGGCCAAGUCUGGCUGAGACAACAGAAAAAUAUAUUUGAAUGCUAAUUAUAGCAACUUUAAUUACAAAUGUGAAAUCACAAAAAAUUUUAUUUAUUCAAAAAGAAAAUACAUGCGUUUAUACGGUAGGCUCAAGACUCUGUAUAAUACUACACACAGGAGAAGCUACACAAAUACCUUUUUUUUUUAAUAUAUAUCUCAAGACUGGAAAAAUGUAUUUGAAAAAAAAAAAAAAAAAGACAAAAAUGUAUUAUU